AUGCAGUCCCGAGGUCUCCUCUCGCGCCUCGUCUACGGGUCGAUCUACCUGUUCCUCUAUGUCGUGCUGCUCGGCCUGCUGCUCAUAACCCCCGCCGACGCCAUCGAGCGGUCCAUCGAUAACAACCAGCGAUACAACGUGCUGAUCGUCACCAUCUCAUACGUCGUGACCAUCACCGUCGUCAUCUUCGUUUACAUCUUGCGACUCUACAUCAACAAGCUCGCCCUCGCUGCGAUCCCCAAGGGCUGGGUCCCUAUAGACAAGGGCGAUGUCAAGGAUGCUGUGUACAAGAUGAUUGCGGCGGGCCUCAACCGCAGCGCCACGGUCGCCUACGGUGCGCGCCCUCGGGUCCAGGAGCGCGAUGACGACGGACACAUGCACGAUCCGACAUACCGUGAGAGCACCGACGCCUGGGGAGGGGAGGCAAAUGGUUCUGCUGGAGGCAAGGGGGCCUCCGGCGAGACGGGCAUUCCGCUACCGCCGCGCCGCCGCGCCGUUUGGGGCGAGAUCGAGCACUACGGCUGGGCGUCCCCCAACUCACCCGACCUGCCAGACUUGCAGUAUAGCACUGUGCUGUCCGAGUUGCCCAAUCUGAUCGAAGCCAAGGCCCUGACCAUGGCGCCGACGGAUCCAGAGUCCCAGACCGACCCGCCCAUGCUGGACCCUGAGGCCACGAUCCUCCUGCAGCGGCAGCCGUACAUGAGCCUGCGAGACUACAUGGAACACCUGGCCGGCCUUGGCGUGGUCGACAUGGAUCAGGUGGCUGCCGACUUUCUCUCCCAGUUUGAAUACGCGCGCUUCUCAAACAGACCUAUCUCAAACACACGAUUCCGCGAGAUCAUGCACCUCUUUGCCGAGCUGCUGCGUGCCAUGCAGCCGCUUGACCUUGACGCCCUAGGCUCGCUCAGUAGCAGCGCCGGUGGCGACGAAUAUGAGGAUGAUGAAUGGGGCCCGAGGCCGUCAGAGAGUGACAUCGACAACGACGCGCCCAUGGACCCGACACCGCCCUCGCCGAGAAGCAGCGUCUCUCACGCACAAACCGUGAGCAGCCGAGGAUCUGCGCCCAAGUCGGGCGGGGCCAACACGUCGACGUACGCGUGGAGCUUCCGCACGGCGCCGAACACGCCGGGGAGCAGGCGGACGGCGGGCCUGCGCUCGCUGUCGCGCAAGUCGAGCGGCAACAGCUUCGCGCAGACGAGGCGGCCCUAUUCGCUCAACCACAGUCCGAGCUCGCCUAGUUUGCGAUCCAAGGCGUCGAGCAGCGACUCCGGCUCCGUCAUUCGCCUCGCCACGAGAGAGGACCCGGACGCGCUGCCGUAUGUGCUGAACUUGCGGCCGACGGGAAAUGGGGGGCACGAUCAUGGCUGA